GCCACGGCCUCCGGGACUCGGCUCCGCAGGCGCUCGAGGCUGAGGGCUCCAGACCCUAUCCCAAGGGUGGCACGAACACCGGUUGGCACCAUCUCCGUGCUCCAAAGAUUCCUGCCCCGGAACCUGGGACCUCCAGUGAAGAACACCUCCUGGUCUCUUGAAUGGAUAGCAGAUGCUCACGCUUCUUCUUCCAGCAAGAAGUCCCAAACCCGGCACACUUGGGCAUCAGAGGGUGGAACCGCGCCCCUGUACGCAUUCACCCCGAAGUCUCUCAUCCUUGAACUGAAGACAGUACCCACCCAACUCCUCCCUCUCCGCCCCUCUUAGUUCACCCAAUAAGCACAACUCCUCCAAAAAAAAUUUCAGCGGAAGAAGCCUCUUCAACGGAAAAGUGACUGUCUCUCGCAAGAAGAGGGAGAGCUCCCAGGAAAGAAAGGCGAAGACCCCUGGCCUCGAGAUCUCCAUUCCGGCCCCCCGCACCAGCUUCCCAAGGCCACGCGAAGGAAAGGGUACGGCCCAGGGCAGGGACAGGGUGCGCGGGCAUGAAGUUGGAGGUGUUUGACCCCCGCGCGGCCCACGGGGACAAGCCGGUUAGUGAUCUGGAGGGUGCAGGCGGCAGCAACGCGCCAUCUCCGCUGUCGGCAGCUGGCGACGACUCCUUGGGCUCGGACGGGGACUGUGCGGCCAACAGCCCCGCGGCAGGCGACGGCGCCGCGGAGCUGGCGGGCGGCGGCGAGCCAAGCCCAGGCGGGGGGCCGGGCGAGGAGGAAGAGGGCCCGGCGGUGGCGGCGGCGGCGGCGGGGCACGCGGAGGCCUGCGCGGUGGGGCCUGGUGCGGGGAGCGCGGUGGGCAGCGAGGGCGCGCGCAGCAAGCCCUACACUCGGCGGCCCAAGCCCCCGUACUCGUACAUCGCGCUCAUCGCUAUGGCUAUCCGCGACUCGGCGGGCGGGCGCCUGACGCUGGCCGAGAUCAACGAGUACCUCAUGGGCAAGUUCCCCUUCUUCCGCGGCAGCUACACGGGCUGGCGCAACUCGGUGCGCCACAACCUCUCGCUCAACGACUGCUUCGUCAAGGUGCUGCGCGACCCCUCGCGGCCCUGGGGCAAGGACAACUACUGGAUGCUCAACCCAAACAGCGAGUACACCUUCGCCGACGGGGUCUUCCGCCGCCGCCGCAAGCGCCUCAGCCACCGGGCGGCGGCCCCCGCACCGGGGCUUCGGCCCGAGGAGGCCGCGGCCCACCCCCCCGCCGCACCCCCGCCGCCCGCACCCGCCGCCCCGGCUUCUCCCCGCGCGCGCUCGCCUGCCCGCCAGGAGGGGCGCUCCAGCCCGGCGGGCAAGUUCUCCAGUUCCUUCGCCAUAGACAGCAUCCUCAGCAAACCGUUCCGCAGCCGCCGCGACGGGGAAGCGGUCCCCGGGGCGCGCCUGCCGUGGGGCGCCUCGCCCUGCCCGCCGCUGCCCACAUAUCCCGCGCUACUCCCCGGCACCUCUGGAGGGGCUCUGCUGCCGCUGUGCGCAUAUGGGACGUCCGAGCCGGCGUUGCUGGCCGCGCGCGGAACCGACGCGCAGCCCGCGGUGCCACCCGCCGCACCUCACCUCCUGCUCGCGCCCCUCUCCUCCUCGGCCCCAGCCAAGCCUUUUCGAGGCCCGGUGGCCGGCGGCGGCGUGCACCUGUACUGCCCCCUGCGGCUGCCCGGGGCCCUGCAGGCGUCCUCGGUCUGUGGCCCCGGCACCCACCUGCCUUACCCAGUGGAGACGCUCCUGGCCUGAACAGAGCCGCGGAGCCCCCCAAAGGUGGGCGCCUUCGGGGAGGCCGGAAAUGCAGUCCGGGGCUUUACAUUUUUCUAGACAGACCAAAAAAAAAAAAAAAGAGAGAGAGAGAGAGAGAGAGAGACGUUAAUAGAAAAAUCUCCAUCAAACGUGCCUUAAAGCUUGACCAAGCCUGUCCUUCCCUCACUUCACAAAGACUUUUCCUAUCUUCUUACUCCCCCUUUUUCCUAUUUUUGUCGCACCUUCUAUCGAUUUGUC